AGUCCUCCGACAGUAAACUCGAAGAUGUCGUUUAGUGUGGUAGCUAACUGCCUACUUAUUAUUUCUAUAGCUCUAGUUAACGGAAUGCCACAGAAAGAUGAUACAGAACAAGACAAGUCUGAAUCACCUCCAUUUAUUCAAUUUACUGACGGAGGAAUCCGAGUGAACUUUGGAGGGUAUCAUGCUGAAGCUGGACUUGGUGGUCUUUUACGAGGUACGGGUGGUGGACUUUUUGCGAGUGCGGGAACACCAUGGGGUGCACAUGCUGGCGCGGGAUUAGGCGGUAAAUUAGAUGCAGACGGCAAGCUUGGCGGUGGUCUUUAUGCUCGAGCUGGAGCCAGCCGUGGAGGACCAGAAGCGGCUGCUGGCCUCGGUGGGAAACUGGAUGGCAGUAGACGGUCGGCGAACCCGAUUGCGGGUGGCUUGUACGCAGGGGCAACACCAGGCGGCGGUCCAGGUCCGGGCGUGUUUCUCGGCGGUGGUUUUGAUCAACCUGGAUUUGAUGGAAUUAUAAGUGGCAGCGCAAAUAACGAAGCUAAUUUGAAUCCACCUGAGGCCGCUGUGGGAACAUCUAAUAUCCCAGCAAGUGCGGAUACAACUGCAAGUGGCAAGAAACCGAAAGGUCGCACGAGUAUACAAAUCAUACCUUCGAAGGCGCGCAAAGAGAAAGAGAAGGUGUUACAAGCUGACGCGAUGCUACGAGCUGAUGCACCUGAAGAUGAGAAAGUCGAGUCGCACAAUAAGGAGACACGACGUGCAGUGCCAGUCGUGGCACCCGCGGCAGAAGUGGACCUUCUCAAAUCGGUUUAUGUUGGAGCAGCGCCAGCCGUGAAAACCGUCGUUCUAGCACCUGCAGCUGCUGCACCCACACAAGGCGCAGGCCAAGCUACUGCCGCCGUCGAUACAGUUACAACAGUCGCCAAUCCGAAUGUAGUGGUUGCAAAGCCCGUGUAUCCACGCUGGUACCUUAGAAAAAGAUUCUGGACCCGCCCUAGGAAAAUAGUUUAUGUUGCUCCAACAGCAACGGUUGAUACUCAAAGUUCUCCUUCGGAUAUAGUCGGCGGACUUUUUGUCAACGCAGUAGGAGACGGCGGCGUGGUUGCUGCAGGCAAAACUUAUGCCAGCGAAUCUUUCAUUGAUAGUAUUUUUAAUAUUCCGAUUUCUACAUUGUCUGCUGUUAACAACGCUGUUAAUCAACUACUGGGAAAUAACGUCGUUAAGACCGUUGCUGUGGCUAAGACUUAUUAGAACACAUUAAGCUAACAAAGUCUACAAUCUUGCUUUAAGAGGCGUAAGUAACGAUACAUCAUCCACAGAACUUAUGCUUUUAGGUCAUAAGAAUUGGGUUUUGCUUAAGGACGUUCUCCGGAAAACCCAUUUUCUUUAGAUUUUUCUAAGACUUACUUUUAGAAAAAACUUAUUUUAGUGUCCUGAAUAUGUGCUUUAAAACUCAAUACCCGGAGCGGGAUUAAAAAUCGAGAAACUCCACUUUAAAGUUGAAACGUUUAACAUAGGAUCUAAAGCUUAUUCGAAAGUGAUCUUUUUAUUCACUGUAAAAAAGUUUUUCUUAACAA